CCUCUACAUAUGAUAUGAAUCUAUGAUACAAAAGGGUUCAAAAGACAAUGUCAUUUUGCAACAAUAAAUAUGAUGUCAUUUUGUUAAACAAUCAUCACAAGAAGGCAAGCAUAGGAGGUCCACAAACAUAUAGUAAUUGCAUGUGACAACAAGUUGGUUAGUUUUUUUUUUUUUUUUUUUUUUCAUCUGUUUUUCUUGCAAAUAAAAUAACAUGUUAGAUUUGUUUGUAAAUACCACGUUGAUUUAUAUAUUUUUAAGGGGUGUUAGUUAAGUUUGGUCAUUGAUGUGUUGAUGUUAAAUGUGUGGUUAUAAGUCUCUGGAUGAUGUUUUUGUCUGUAGAUAUCGUAUGGCGUUUGGUUUGUUUUCUUGUCAGGUAAAAAAAAAAAAAAAAUUUGUCUCUCUCAUAAAAUGACACCAAUUAGGGAAUUAACUAAAGCAAUUAAUUUUUAUAUUUGAUUAAUUAUUUAUUAGGCUUCUGUUGGAUUCUGGAAGGCACCAAUCCAGAGUAGUUACAACAAUAUUUGAAGCCAUGGCAGAGAACCUCAACAUGUGUCUGAAACAUUCGGGUUCUUUUCUCUCACCGGCCACCGGACUGGCACGAGUCUACCGGUAUCCAUGUUGCCCUGAGACUAACCGAGCAUGGGGCAUGGACACCCACACUGACAGCUCAGUGAUUUCCAUAUUAAACCAAGACAAAGUAGGAGGACUUCAAUUUCUCAAGGACGAUAAGUGGCUCGAUGUACAGCCCAUUCCCAACACCCUAGUCAUCAAUCUUGGAGAUAUAAUGCAGGCAAUGAGUGAUGAUAAGUACAAGAGUGUGAAGCAUAGGGUGAAGGUGAACAAGCAUGAGGACAGAAUAUCAAUAGUCUACUUCGUGUUCCCUGCGGAUGACUUUGUGAUUCGAAGCUCAAAAUACAAGCCAUUUACAAAUGCUGAUUUUCGAGCACAAACACAACAAGACUUGAGGACCGUCGGGUUUAAGGUUGGGCUCGACAGAUUCAAACUCACUCAGGCCUGUUCACUUCUAUUGGGUUUGGCCCUCUUGUGUUUUUUUUUUUUUUUUUUUUUUUUUUAAAUCCGAAAGAAAAGUCAGACUUUUGUUGUAUAACUUUUGUUAAU